AAAAUGGUGACAACGCGACACGGAAUAUUAUAGAAAGAAGCAUUACAUGUGUGAAUUACAUUAGCAUAAAUUGCAAUCAUGCCUGGAUUGGUUGCAUGUGGUAGGAGAUGGGAAAUUGGUAGUGAUGAUUUGGUGUUUCCUGGAAUGUCUUCAGUGGUUAUUCGUCUUGCCUGGAUCGUUGCCAUAGCAGUUGUGUAUCAGGUACACCAUGCUGACUUGGUGCACUGCGACGGUGGAGAUGUGCUGCUGUCAUACCUAACAGGAGUACUUAUACUAUUAGCCAUUGUCAUAACACUAGAAAUUGUCAUAGUAUAUUGUAGUAUGCAAGGUACUAUAAUGAAUCCCGUUCCAAGAAGACAUUUACCCAUACUCCUGUAUUUUAGAUUACUGCUUUAUGUGCCAGAAAUAAUCUGGACUAUAAUUGGAACACGAUGGGCUUUUAAGGAGAAUAGUAUGUGUGAUUCAACUGUAAUAAAUACCGUGAAAGCGGCUGUCAUUUCAAGCUGGAUCAUUCUUAUAUUUGUAAUGAUUGGUAUUGGCUUAGUGUUUGAUCCGCUUGGAAAACUUCACGUGAAGGUGAAAGAUAGUGAACAGUUGGAGUCAGAUGAAGCUGAGCAGUUACGGCAAAGUGCUCACAUGGCAGCUCAUAGAUUAUGGGAAAAUAGGUGUAAGUUAUUGUGUUGUUGUGCUGGCUUUGAUGAAAAUUCGCAGACAGCGUUUAGUGAUGCUGCUGAAUUGAUGACUGGGUUUUUCAAGGGUACUGAUAUUGUGCCUUCAGAUAUUGCUGCUGGCCUUGCUUUAAUACAGUUGGAACAACAAGCUCAGGAACAAGUUGGUAAUGCAUCAUCACCACCAGUUACUACAGAUUAUCCUUGUCUUCGACGUCCUCCUAUCUCACCCUAUAUCGAUAUACAAAAUGUUGCUUAUUACAUGAAAUAUGCAGUGGCAUCAUAUGGAUGGCCUUUAUACGUCUACUCUAAUCCCUUGUGCGGCACAUGUCAACUUUUUAAAAACUGCAGAUGUGUCUGCUGUUGUAGUUCAUCACAAGAUAAUUGUUGUGAGUGUAAUACAGCAGCAUUAAAAGAUGUCACUGGUCUCAAAGACUGUGACAUCAUUUAUUGUAAUUUUCAUAAUUCUGUUUAUGAAAUUCCAUUCUUUGUUGCCUUGGAUCAUUCACAGUUGGCAGUUAUAAUAUCAAUUAGAGGCAGUUUGUCUCUCAAAGAUGCCUUAACGGAUAUGACAGUUGGUUGUUGUUCACUUGAUAACGACGCAAUGAAACAUAUUUGUGCGCAUAAAGGUAUACUACAAGCUGCUAGGUAUAUCAAAAAUAAAUUAGAAAAUGAACAUAUCCUGGAACGGGCAUUCAGAGAAGCACCUGAUUAUAAAAUUAUCAUAGUUGGUCAUAGUUUAGGUGCUGGAACAGCUGCUCUACUCACGAUUUUGUUACACAAUACAUGGCCUGGUCUUCACUGCUAUGCUUACUCCCCACCAGGAGGCCUUCUAAGUUCUGAAGGUUGUGUUUAUAGUAAAGACUUGAUCACAUCAGUGGUAGUUGGGAAAGAUGUUAUACCAAGACUUAGCAUUCAGACUAUGGAAGACAUGAGACAGAAGAUAUUGAGAGUACUUCGAAAUAACACACAACCUAAGUAUCAGAUUUUAUUAGGUGGUUGUUGGUACACUGCGUGUGGAUUACCAGAGAGAAUGCCUGCACCAACAGAAGAUGUAGAAAGUGGUCCACAUAUGAACCAACCACUGUUGGAUGAAAGAACAGCGACAACAGGGAGUAGACCACGUAAUUAUACAACAGAUGACAGUCAGGCAACAGAUAGUUCAGCUAACACACCUUUAUUUCCUCCAGGCCAGAUAAUACAUAUUGUAGAAGACACUCCAGGCUCAUGGUGUGGCGAACCGGUUUAUUCUGCAACUUGGGCUGGAGCUGAUACAUUUAGUAAUAUCGUCAUCAGUGGAAGAAUGGUAAUUGAUCAUAUGCCAGACGUGGUAAUGAAAGCUUUGCAGCAGAUAUCAGAGUCCACAGUGUUGCCCUUAGAAACAACACAUAUCACAAGUGAUGACAGCUUUGAUGAAGAAGAAGAACCUGUUAUAACCUAA